CAAGAAGAAGAAGAAAUGCUCUCUCUUCCGUAGUCUUGGCUUGUUUACAUGAGCCUCGUCUGAACAGGGUUUUUUGAGGAUGACGGACCAAAAGGCAGAUAAUAUCAGCUCUAUCCCAAUCGAUGAGUUCAGCAAGUUAAGAAUAACAUCGAUAUGGACGUUUCUCAUGUCUGUGCAGUGGUCGGAGCCCUGGCUGAUGGGGCUGAUGGUGUUUCAUGUUGUGUGUUUGUCUCUGACCGUGGUGACGUGCAGGUACUACAGAGCUCAGAUAUGUCACUUCCUGCUCAUGGUUGGCCUGGUGUAUAGUGCUGAAUAUCUCAAUGAGCUGGCAGCCAUGAACUGGAGGUCCUUCUCUAGCUUCCAGUACUUUGAUUCGAAGGGCAUGUUCAUAUCUUUGGUCUACUCUAUUCCUAUUCUGCUGAAUACAAUCAUCAUCGUGAUGGUGUGGGUGUACAGGACCUUUUCCACUAUGACUGAGCUGAAGACCCUCCAGCUCAAGCGACAGGCCCGCAGACAGAAAAGAGAGAAGAACGACUGAUCCAUUUUCUUCUGUCCAAACAUGGACUUCAUUGCAAGGAAUUAGGGAUACUUUUCUCUGCCAUGCUAAUCCGGAACUUUGGAACAGAAAGGCAGAUACUUUCUUGUGUCCGUAAAAAGGAUUCUUCAUUGGUAACGGUUUCUGGACUGGGUGUCUUUUUCUGGUAACGGCUGUUGAAAGAUGCCGCUGAAUGUACUUUACACUAUGAGAUAUAUGAGGACCAAUAGACAUUUACUGUUUUAUAUUUAAUGUUGUUUUAAAGUGUGUUGACCCGCACAAAGAGAGAUAAAAGAUUUUUGAACAAC